AUGGCUUUGCAUUUGUGUCGGAUCGCAGAUAGCAGCACAACUUCCAAGCCUGAUAUAUUUGUAGACUCGAUUAGCGGAGACGAGAGUAACGAGAGGAAAAUGUAUCUAUCUUACAGCAAUCAAGACACUCGAUCACACAAUUUGUUAGAAUCCAGUUCUUCCAGUCGUCGAGUGGUCGAGCGAAGAAAUAGCAACAGUACUCCACACCUAUUUCUGCCAUAUACUGGAGGGAGGAAACGAACCAAUGAAUUCGAGCAGCGAUGUAUUUCGUUGAUGCGACAAGAGCUUCUAUCAGAUAUGCAAGCUGCCUCGAUUGCCAAGGCAAUGAACAUGGCCAGCGACGAGGCUGUAAAAGGGCAGCGAGCAGGUACAAAGCUGCGACACUCCCUUCAUGCUUCCAUCUUUAAGAAAGUCCUGAGACGUCAAAAUGACCCUCUAGUCGAAGUCGACGACGAUGACACACCUGACUUAUUAACCGUGCCAGAUCAGUCAUCAACUUGGGAGAUUGACUUCUUGAAAGACCAAAUGAAACGUCAACAAGACGAGCUAGACUUUCUACGAGCUGCCAUGAGACAUUUGAUUUCGUCCAUGGAGGACGUAGAUGAUCUGGGAGAUGAGCAACCGAUUCAGCCAAUGCAUCGAUCAGAGAAAGAGUCUCGAAAUCCAAGGAAUGUGGUUCAACCACUUGGCAUCCAAGAUCGCGAUCUUUUGGAGAAACUGCCGAUGAUUCAAGCACCGACUGUGCAAGAUCGAGAUCUUUUGGAGCAGCUUCCAGCCGUUAACAAGUUUCCGAGCAUCAUCGAGAUCCCAAUGAAUUUUGAGGAAUCUGACGAUUACUCGGAGCAAAUGUCUGAACUGCAAUCUCCUAGCGUGAUUGUUCUCAAAAAUCUUACCCAAACAAUGAAAGCACUUGGAAAAGACAUGCCAAUCGCCCAAAUCAGCCCAGCGCCAAUUCCUCCAGUCUCUGCUCUUGCUUUGCAAAACAAGUUUACCGGUUUGCAGAAAGGUGCUUCACAAAAGCCAUCCUAUCCAAUGCAUAUCACGGCAUCCAUCAUUGACGUUUCCAAUGAUGAAGAAUGCAAAGAAGAAAAUAUGGAAACAAUGCAGUUGGUUGUCACUGCUACAAGCGGUAAACAGAAUCAACGCACUUACACCUAUACUGACAUGGUAAAGGGCGAGGUACAAGAAGGACGAGCACGCGGAGUAAAGUAUCAACUUCACUUUGAAAAGAAGGGAGUCUUUGUGGAAGGUGAAUACAGUGGAACCAUCAAGAGUGGUCUUCCACAUGGAUCCGGUGUAUUAAGAUUUGCCAACAGAGAUUUGUACAUUGGCGAGUUCUCUGGAGGCAGAAUGCACGGAGAAGGAAGCUUGCUCAGCCGCUGCAACGGAAAGCUGUCGACAUUUAGAGGUAUCUUCAAGAACAAUGAGUUUGUGGAACCAGUGGCAACUGCAAAGCGGGUAUCCGCCAACGAGUUGGAAGCUGAGCUAUGA